UAAUUUUCAUUCCCUCUCCCUCAUUAUAUCUUCUUCACACAAAAUUGGAAAAAACUCCAACCGCAACUUUUUUUUGGGGGGAUUCAGAGGGCUCUUAGCUUGAAAUUACACACACAGAUUGUUCAACUCUUACCAACAGGGGAUAAUACAAGUAGUUGAAGAUGGCUUCUUCAACUUUAAAAGGCAUGCUCAUUAGAUCCAUAGAUGAUGCCUAUGCUCAAAGACUACUGAAGGAAAAAUAUGCCUAUGCCUAUGCUCAAAGACUACUGAAGGAAAAAUAUGUAGACCGGGUUGAUGUUCUCAGGGUGAACUGUCCUUCCCUUAAUGUGAACCGGUGGUCCGGUCGGGUUCGGUUCACUCGGUGCCAGGACUCCCACAUCAAUUCCAAUGGGUUCACCAACUCCAAGCCCAGAAGACCCAUACCUUCAAUUCGGUCCCAAGCCAUCCUCACUCCAGUAUCAGACCCUACCCCAACCACAAACAAGGUGUCAAAUCGCUCACCAGCAUGA